ACAAGCUGUUCCUGUUUUCGUCGGCGUCACCAUAUGCACGGCAGGACCGACCGCUUUAACGUUGUUUCGAGAGGCAUUGAAGUACAGCUAUCUGCAUCUUGCAAGAAUGUCGAAAAAUACGGGCCAGCAUGACACCACCACGGGCGCUGAAAGAAAAGAGCCUCGUGUAUUUGUCAUCCACGCAGGGGAAGACAAAGACUCGUUUGUCCGCCCAUUGGUUAGCAAAUUGCAAGAAAGGGGGCUGGAUGAAGAAGAAAUCUUUUUCGAUGACGUUUCCAUCCAACCUGGUGACGUCAUCAGGGAGAGAAUAAUUUCGACCUUAUCGAGUGAAAGUUUAAAGCUUGCUGUCGUUGUUGUCAGCACAGCAUUCCUUAGCAAGCCCUAUUGGCCUAGGCUAGAGUAUGAAACAUGUCUGAAAAACAACAAACACAUAUUCCCCAUUUGGUUCGAUGCCAACGAAGACAACUUUACAGUAUUCAGCGAGUCCGUCGGAAGGUACUCCCCCACUUUGAAACAGAUGAGCGGAAGACGUGUACAGAGAGAUGAUGUUCCUAAUGCACUGCCAACCGUCGCUUCUGAGAUCAUACAACGGCUCUCUACGUUGAGAUAUGGACAGCCUGCAGCAAUCCAAACGCAUCUUCAUUUUGUGCCUUCUCCGUCCGAGGGUGAUUCCAGUGACUUAGAAGAAGACACCAGUAUUGGAAGUGGCGCAGGUAUCAUCAAUGAACAGUCCACAGAGGACAGUCUCAAGGCAAAGCAUGCGCAGCUACAACUAAUUGAAAAAGUCGGAGAAAUACAGCUACAAAUGUUGAAGAGGGCAGAGGGCCUGCUUUCGAAGGAAACUAUUACGCAAAUGACAAAGGACACACUAGGUGAUCUUUAUCAGCAAAGUUUGCGCAUUAUUGGGGUCAAGACGGGCAGCGUCAUUAUUCACGUAAUCCCACGUGAUCUGUCAACCUUGGACAGGUUUUGGAGAGACUAUAAGUCAGGACAGCUCAGUAAACACUUCACCGAUCGUCUUGUCACUGACGAGAUGCGAGCAGCUGCUGGCAUGGACCUGGCGGUGCGGGUUGUCAUGCUGGACCAACAGUACAGGCAGUGGAGAGAGUAUUUCAACACACGAGACAUGGCGCAGAUGACCCAAAAGCUUCCAGGUUUAGCAAUGAAACCUACAACUUUAACUGGACGUGAGCAGCCUUCUGCCAGCCCUACCAUCUCGACUUCGCCAAAAUCCAAUUGCAGUCCAGGGAUGGCCCUUCAACCAAACCCAGUCUACCAGCCAGAACAGAUCUUCCACAAAACCUUAGAAGCUGCCUCGCGUGGCAGAAAGACAAAACUAAGUGAGAGUAGCGAGGAUGAUACAAAUGAGGUGAACGAUGCUUUGAUGCGAACUGCGAUCAUGGGUCACGAACGGCAUCCCUAUAGAUAUGGCAUUGCUUCCGUCAACUUUAAGGGAGUCACAAGAGGAACCGGCAAUGCAACUUUGCGUAAACUUCUUUACGGUCAACUUCAAGGACAGACACGCGUAUCAGUACUUUUUGCGCAAGAGUGUCCUUGGGCUAAUCCAGUCAGUCAGCUUCAGCUAGAGGACACGUUUUGCUACACAGGAGUAGUCAAUGAAGCAGGAAUAAUCUGGGACAGCGAACUGUUUGAGCUAAAACGGUUAGACUCGUACAGGCUCAUUGGAGACAAGUACCCACAUCUAAUCCAACAUCGCGGAAGGAUAUGCAUAUCUGAAAUGUCAAUCAAAGAUGAGCAAGCUGGACAUGCGGCAAGUAGCAACAUCGCAGUGGAGAAGGAGCCAAAUGUCAAAGAAUUCAUCGCCAUCUCAUGGCACGGACCGCACAAGUGUACUGAUAAAGAAAAACAGUUGAUAUUUCGAGACCUUCUUGCCUUUUUCAAGGCACUUACAAGCAAGGGCGGCCAGAAAGCAGGUGUCAUAGGUGGCGAUUUCAACUUUAGUAUUGACAAGGCAUGCGACAACAUCGACGACAACUACCCUGGACUGGCGAUCCCUACUUCGUACGGAUGCGAAACAAUUGACUACUUCAUCUUCACCUCUGAUUUGAUCAACAUUCUGCAUGCUCAGCAGCUAUCCUUAGACUAUGACGUUGGAAGUGUGUACACAGCACAGGACAGAGACAGAGCCAGCACAGAGUCGUGUAAAACUCCAUCCAACCAAGUCAUUGAUCACAGUCCUGUCUUCGGGGUUCUAGAUCUGGGAAGUCUCAACCCAUUCUCCUCGCCAUCCAAGAUCAAGGACAGCCCCAGGAAAAUUGCGGAACCAUCUAGAAUGGAGAGUUCUCUUGACUACUCUACCGAUAGUAGCACCGGGCCUGAGGUUCGAAGUUCACCAAAGAAAAGGAAAGAGGAAGGACAAGCUACAAGUACGAUCUGCGGUCUAUCCCGGAUGGUGGCAUCCGCUGUGGUGGUACAUAAUAGGCUAAUCGAGGAGGAGCUUAGGGUCGAGCUACGUAGGAGAGACUUGCCUGGGUCGUCCGACCGUCGAGACAUGACCGACCGGCUCUGCGAGGAGAUAGAAAGAAACAACACAGGGCAGGGUACAGAGGUGGAGUCCAACCUAUCACGAGAGGUGUCCUUAGCAGUGCUGCCCAGGCUCAACGAGGAGGAGCUACGCCGGGAGCUGAGAAGGAGGGACAUCACUCCUUCUCCAGAAGACAGCCAGGACAAGCUGAUGAAACGGCUCUGUGAUGAGAUGGGAAAGGAGUACUUUGGCCAGCAAGUAAGUUCAUCGAGCUUAGAGAACGGGACAAUGAAUAGAAAUAUACAGAAAGCGACUACUCGAGAAGAAGCAAACGAAGUUGCAUCUUCUCGAACAUCUGAUGUGGAACCAAUGCAAGAAGCAACCACUAGUCUAGGAGGAAAUGUGAUAGGUAAUGCUGGAGCAGAGAAAAUCCGUGAUGACGGACAGAUGCAGGGAGCAGCGGGCACGAGUAACGAUGUGGAAUUUGUCGGUGUUGUUGCUGGAUCGAGUAAGACUUUUCAAAGCCCAAAUCUACGAUCUAAUACCUCGAGAUCGGCAGCGGAUUUAAGCAUCAAUCCUUCUUUGAAGAGGAAAGUCCAAGAUACUAGUAGUAGUACGUCCUUCAACGUUGGGCCAAGUACAUCUAUCAAGAGAAGCAACACAGAAGAGAAAACAACCAGAAAAGACAUUGGGACGAAUAGGACUGAAUUAGUGAAUCCAAGUGCCACAGAAGGCACAAUUGUCAAGCAAGAGCCAUCCCUUUAUAAUUUUGAGAACAUGUCCUCGUCAGAAAUGGCACCUGGAACUGGUGCUGGUCCAUGGUCAGGUGUCAUUAUAGACCCGGGAAAUGAUGCUGAAAGAUCAAGUACCAAAAACAAACGGGCCUGUACUGUUGAAGGAUGCGGGUAUAUGGCACGUUGCAAGAGUGAUCUUGACCAACACAACAGGAAACACACUGGGGACAAACCGUUUAAAUGUGACAAAUGUGACUUUUCGACAGCUUAUCGUGCAUCCCUAAAGGUCCAUAAAACGUCACAGCACGUAGCUAACCUUCGGGGAAGCGAAGCUCAAGGUAGAUUAUAGGUCCCUAGCGGCUGUCUAAUGGUACUACAGCAGGUAUUUCUGGUUUUGUAUUUUCGUGUUCUUGACAAGCUAUGAUGUGUUUUCAAUGGUAUAAAUAGAUACUUCUUGUGUUCUUCUUAAGUUGGUAUAGGUUUGUACCUUCUGGCAGCUUUUUUGUUUGUUUUGUUGGGAUCUCCAUUAGUGAUCGAUCGUUUUUUGGCGACGCAUAAGGGGCGACAGCCUUAUGGUAUAGUAAAUAAAGGAAUGUCUGUGUGCAGAAAUGUGUCCUCAGGAAUGUUUUGUUAGGGAUUUUGGAUUCUCAGGUAAUCAAAAAUGGACCGUUAUUGGUAAGAAGUCUAGACACAUUUUGUGAAAAAAAAAGACAACAGGCACUGUACAGGCUUAAGCGUGAAGACCAUCUCAGCUUUAUUCACUUCUGUUUGCCAAAAUACAUCAUCAAACUGAAACUGCUUGUAUUUUUUUGUGAAACGCAAAUCAUGCUGCUUUAUAAAAGCUAUAUAACUUGAAAGUUAAUCUGUAUUGGUGUGAGACAUUCUGGAUCAAAGUUGAAGUAUAAUUUCCAACACAAAAGUCCAAUUUUUGUGUUAGAAAAUUACAGUUCAAAUUUGAUCCACAAUAAAAGCUAUAUGUUUAGACAAAUAGUUGUAUUACUGAAAGCCGUAACUUGCAGUCCAAAGCCUCUAUCCCAAACUUGUGCCAUACGAAACUUGACUAGUGUUUUGCUGUACAUGUAGCACUGAAACUUCUUUGAAUUGACACUCAGUCACUGCAUGUCACAAUACAUAAUAGGAACAAGGUUAUGAAUAGAUAAGUAUUUUAUGUUGAGGGACACAGUCUGGCAUAUAAAUCUAAACAGGAUUAACAACAAAGACAUACCUUUAUUCCAUGCAUAUGCAUACUGUAUGAACCCAACACACCCUUCCUCAAGUAAAGCAUAGUUACAUAAUGUUGCAACAAAUUACAUAGCUAAUACCUUUCCAGACACCCUAUCCCAACGCAUAGUGAACCUUACCCCAUGUUGAAAUUACAAAUCAGCACUCCCCCGAAAAUAUACACAAAUGCUACAGAAGUUUGAAAAAUAGGCUAUAGGAAGCUUUUCUAGUAUUCUUGUCCUUCUUUAUGUUGUAUGUUGACAAUGGAAUCUUUAUGUAAAUUUUCUGCAUAUACAAGACGAUAUACUAAUAUUGAAGAUUUUCAAUAAAUUUCUAUGUAAAAGCCUUAACUAAAAUGUAACUUUUCUGUUUAUAACAAUUGUAUUAAGUGCUAUUCAAUAAACUGUUUGUUCAUAAUCUAUUCCCUUCUGAUGUUGCUGAAGAUCGAAUCUUAAAAAUCAUACUUGUAGUUCUUGAUUCCAGGUUAUUAAAGUUUAUGUCCUCCAGUGGUGUCAUAGUUAACAUUACAGCCAGUUCAGAACCUUGUACCACAACCAACGAAAAACAUUCUUUAGAGAAGCAAACAGUGCAUAACCAUAAUUGUAAAGUAAAUACAAUGUACAACUUUUUAUAACGUUAACUGCUUAAUCUGCUUCAGAAUCACAAAAGAGUGUUUUUCACAUACAAGUCAAAAGUGCAAUGUUUUGAAUGCCUACUUUGUUAACAAUGAUAUCGAUGUCUGAAGUUAACUUGGUUCGUUGGCGUCAGGAAUCAAGAACUAUCAGUUCACUUCAGUCGAGGACAAGAACUAUGAAAUAGUAAGAUUACAUUCAAUAACAUCAGGAGGGUGAAUUUUUAUGAAUGGUAAUGUUUAUUGAAUAAAACUGAGUUAUGG